CUGUGUGUCGGUUUCAGUCCAUUUAAAAUCAUGAAUACACCUCUCCGUAUUGUUUGCUUCGUCUUUUUAGGUCUCCCGAGCUCCUCAGCGACUAAAGAAAGUCUCCUGAGCUCUUCAGCGACUAAAGAAAAAGCUGAUACCUAAUUUCUUCGCCCUCCCUUGUUUCGGGACGUGAAUCUGGUGGCAGGGGCGCUAGAGUCUCAAUUUUGACAUUUUGUAUUUGGGACCCCAAACAUAUCAAAUUUUUCACCGGACCUUACGCGCCUGCAAAAUUUAUUGAAGGCACGUCAUCGUUGGCAGAGUUGUGUGGCAUCCACUCGCUCUGGUGGUUUUCAUCAUCGCCAGGAAAGGGUUGUCAAUGUGCCUGUACCUGAGGCUUGGGCGUUGCCAGACCAACAAACUCCAUUUAUGAAUUUAAAAGAACACAAAACCAAAAACAGUGGUUUAUGUUCACAAAAUCCACUGCCAAAACUUUAAAAGACUUAGUUUUCACUCCCUGACCAUCUUUACAAUCAGAAAUAAUAUAAAAUGCAUUCAUUUCUAGCUCAGACUGUCAUACAAGUUUAAUAUACUGUACAGUAGUGAUGCCGGUAACUCGUUACUUUAGUCUUAAUAUGACCACGCUUUGUGGUAACGAGUAAUCUGUUUACAUCUGUUUACAAACAAGUAAUCAGAUUAAAGUCACUGUGCAUUAUUAUUUUUGUCAUUUUAGGUUGAUUGGCAACACUAAAUUGGCCCUAGUGUGUGAAUGUGAGUGUGAGUGUUGUCUGUCUAUCUGUGUUGGCCCUGCGAUGAGGUGGCGACUUGUCCAGGGUGUACCCCGCCUUCCGCCCGAUUGUAGCUGAGAUAGGCGCCAGCGCCCCCCGCGACCCCGAAAGGGAAUAAGCGGUAGAAAAUGGAUGAAUGGAUGGAUGGAUGGAUACUUCGCAAAAUGCGACAUGCGACAAGUCACGUUCUUAGCACGAGGACAACUCACGUGUAAAGCGCUGAUCAGACCCAGGGUCCAACUUACGUUUAGGCAAACAGGAAGUUGCGAUUGUAAGGGACCCUAAUGUUAUCAUGACAACGAUAAAUAAAUUUUUUUGUAUUUGAAACAAUUAUUUUAGGGUGGUGCCGCUUAGGCGAUUUUUGUGAAUAAGUACAUGAUCGGCCAUUGCAGAUUAACGUCUUUUUAUGCCGAUCACAAACGAUGAUUCUCUCUGGUUGACAAGCUAGCAACUCAUUGUAUAUCUCCAUACACAGUGGGGAGCUGCUGCCCUAUAAAAAUCACCUCCAUUACGGCACAUAAACUGCAUUUUUUUGUAUGUUACACGUUGAGAGAAGCUAUCUUGAAACAACACCAAUAAAAAGUGCUUAGUAAAGCUAAAGAAGUAUAGAUGGAACUGCGUUACAGCAGAAAGUAAACCGUUGUUAACUGGAAACUAAUAAGUAUAUUAAUAAGAGUCUAGGUAGAUUAUAAUUUUACAACAACUGCUGGUGCGUCAGUAUUGUCUCAGUCAGAACACUAUACUGUAAAUUGGUGGCAUCCUCACCCAAGAUAGUAUCAGUAUGUGAUCGCUACUACAGUGAUCCGAUUGUUCUUUUUUUCUCAUAAUUUUUUUGUUGCUUUGGUUAAUGUUAAUAAUCUCAGGGAAUAAUUCCCUGGACACAGAAGUACUUUGAGGUUAAUACCCAAUGGUUGAGUGAGUAGCAGAUGGUAGUUUUUGCUUUUCUUUAGUUAUCGUGUACUAUUGACUUUGUUUUGCUUAAACACUUUUGUGCAAUAGAAGAGAAUAGGAAACUCUUUUGAAUAUUGUGUUGACAUUAUUAAACUGUCAAUAGAAGUUACCAUAAACAGAUGGAAAAAUGUACAGUUAAUACAUGUGAUCGGCAUUGGUAGUGGCUGAUCUCACUCAUGGAUGAUUGGAAUCGGCAGCAUAAAACCUUAAUGAUCCUUAAAUUAUUCAUAUAUUUUUUCAUAAUUUGUAUGGUUAAAAUACACCAAUAAUAAACCAGUCAUGAUGGUUUUGAAAUACCCCCCUCUCUGCUCACACAAUGGACCAUUUCAUACUAUUGUUGGUGCAGUUUUGAGAUUAAAAAAAAAAUUGCAUUAUUGGAAAUGAAGCGGAUUUACUUAAUCAGAGUGAAGAAUCAGGGAAGGCAAAAAGAAAAGCAUCAGUUUUCAUUUAAACUACUGAAGAUAUCAACCUUUUCCUCAGUGACAGUGAACAUAUGUGAAGCAGAAGUGACGUGUUUCAUCACAAAUAUGGUAACCCAUAUUUAAAACUGAUUAUUAUUUUUGACUUGACUAAUAAAGUGGGGAUAGGUUGAUUGGCAACACUAAAUUGGCCCUGGUGUGUGAUUGUUACUUUUUAAAGGAGUAAUUCAUUAUCAAAUUACUUUUUCAAAGUAACUGGCAACAUUGCUGUACAGUACUACGGUAUAAAGAGAAGUACAUAUUAAAACAAAUUGAAACUAUUACCCUUGCAAUUAAACUUUUGGUUACUUUGUACCCAAUAAAGUUUUAGUAUCAACUAUCAACUUAAUAUGACAUGCUGGGUGUUUGUAAAUGUUUGAAAACAACUACAUGCUAAAAAAAAAUGAACUGAUUAGUGUCAAAGCGCUUUGAGUACUUUGAAGUAGGGCUGGGCGAUCUAUCGAAUGUACUCGAUAUAUCGUGGUUUUGUCUCUAAAAUGACUAUAUUGUGAUAUUCGAGUAUACGUUCUCACGCAGUUGCUUUUAGCUGCGGGCAUUACACUACAGGCGUUUCUCACUCUAUCUUGACUCUUCACAGAGACAUAAAAGAAGUGCACCUUCUUACAUACGUCACAUACUUGUCAUACGCCCUCACGGAGCAGAGACGUAGCGGAAUGGGUAACAUUAGCUGUGAUGCUAGUGGAGCGGUGCAGGUGGUAAUACGAGAAAGAAGGUGCGAAUCUGGUCAAAAAUGGAGGAAGAAUUCACGAGAAAAAAAAGCACAGGAUACAUCGUCUGGCGGUGGUUUGGCUUCAAGCAGGAAUAUGUUGAACAGACAACCGUAAUAUGUUAAGUAAAAGCGUUGUUUCAUAAAGUAGCAUUACUGCUAAUUUGUAGCAUCAUUUAAAAUGUCACCCGCUAGAGAAUGAAGAGUGCUUGAAACUCUGCAUUUCAACAUCUCCGGCCGGUGCCACACCCACAAAAUGCCCAAGCAACCUGCACAUCAACACCAUUUCCACAUCAACACCGUGUGAAAAAAAUAGUCAACAACAGGAGGAGAUGACGUCCGCAGUAACCUACCACAUAGCGAAGGACAUAUACUAUUUGAUUUCCUAUUAUGCAGCUCAUUUUUGUUUGAUAGUUGUUGAAAUAUCAUGUGGGACAUCAUGCACAAAAGUGCACGUUAUUUGUUUUAAAAUAUUGUAGUGGCGUUCUGUAAAAAUAGUGCACUUUAUUUUAGUGUUGUUUUGAUAUGUCAUUUAGUGACAUCAUGCACAAAAGUGCACUAAUAGCUUGUUUUAAAAUGUCUGACGAUCUUGCACUUUCUGUUUUGGAAAUGACAACUGUUUAAUAAAUACAGUUUUGGUAAAUUGAUUUAGUUGUGAUUUCUCUCUCUGCAUGAAAGGUUAAAAGUAGCAUAUAUUAACGUAGUAUCAACAAAAAUGUUUUAAUGUAGACACAUAGAAUCAUCAUACUGGUGUGAUUAUAUGCAUCAAGUUUUAAUUCAAGGUUAUGGCAAAAUAUUGAGAUAUAUAUCGUGUAUCGUGACAUGGCCUAAAAAUAUCGAGAUAUUAGAAGGCCAUACCGCCCAGCCCUACUUUAAAGGUAGAAAAGCGCUAUACCAGUAUAACGCAUUUACCAUUUACUUAGACGGCCCCCAAAAAAUAUCUGUUUCUCAGCUCUGGUUCGUAUGGGCCGCAGCGGUACACCGUUGUAAUACACUUCCACCACUUGUGGCAGUAAUGACAACGUGAAACAAACAAGAAAUCUGGAGCUACUGUCUUAGAGAAGUUUCUUAAGCGUAACAAAUUAUGACUAAAGUGGUGAAACUGUAUUUUCAUUCGCACUUAAAUUUUAUUGACAGUUUAGUUAAGAAACAUAUUCAUUUUGAAAUUUGUAUAUUUAUUUUAGCACAACAUAAUUGUGUGUAAAUGUGUUUUUGUCAGUUGAGUCCCCUACUAUGUUUAUGUUUUUAAUCAGCCUGACCUAGGCCUAGAGUAUAUGUGUUAAAUAAAUACCGUAUUUCCUUGAAUUGCCGCAGGGCAUAUAGUAUGCGCCUGCCUUAAAUUACUGCCGGGUCAAACUCGCUUCGCAAAAUAAUUAGCGCAUGCUUAGUAUUACCGCCUGGUCAAACUCGUGACGUGACGAUUGACACUUCCCCUGUCAUCAUUUUCAAAAUGGAGGAGGCUGAUUUCAAUACCGGUAAUUUGAAAUCGCAUAAAUGGAAGAAGAUUAAGAGCUAUUCAGUAGGAUUUAAGGUCCAAGCUUACAUCACACUCAAAUUUUUACUGCAUGCCUUUGGUAAGUGCCAGAGUGAGAAGAGGUUUUAAAAUACUUAGCGCGUGCUUACUUUUACCACAUGCCUUUGGUAAGCGCAGGAGUGAGGAGAGGUUUUAAAUUAAUUAGUGCCCCGGCGGUGUGACGCUUUGCUGGCAUCGUGGUGUGGUUCUUGUUCGCUCGUGGAGGCAAUUUAAGUAGGACACAGCGUGAAGGUAAGAAUGAUGAUUUAUUUAACUAUAAAAACGAGUUAAGAACCAAAACACUUGCACGAAGGCACUUCAAACAAAACCAACAGAAAGCGUUAGCAUGAACUAGGGACAAACAACAGAAUAGUGUGGAAGCUAAAGUACACAAAAGUAAUUACCACAAUGCGGGGAGAGUGACGUCACCUGUUGAAUGGAAGCAAAUGAGAAUCCGAGACCGAAUGGCAAACAAAGGCAGGCUUAAAUAAGGAGAUAAUCACAGAGCAUGUGCGUGAGAAAAACAAACGGCAGGUGACACAAAUACGUAACUAUGGCAAGGGAGGAGGAAGCGCCCUGCAAGGAGGACGACCUGGGCACGGCCACAUCCGUGACCGACGUGAAGGCGGAUGCGCCCGGCAAGGAGGACGACCAGUACAUGGCCACAUCCGUGGCCGACGUGGAGUUGGAUGCACCCGGCGAGGAGGACGGCCAGGGCACGGCCACGUCCGUGGCCGACGUGGAGGUGGGCGCAUCGGCCGCAUCGUCAUGGCGGGCUUGGAAGCUGCAGACAAAGAAGGUGUGGGUACUGCACCCAAUGCAGACCCGAGUGCAGCAGGCGAAGACGGUGCGGGUGCUACAGCCAAAGCAGGUGGCGUCGUCGUGGAGACAGGCGGCGUCAUCGUGGAAACAGGCGCUGGAACAGCAGACGAAGCCAGCGCUGGAGCUUGGAGCGUCAGCCGAGGAGCAGGAACUGGUGCUGACGCCAGCCGAGGUGCAGGCACUGGUGCCAGCCGAGGAGCAGGGACUGGUGUCAGCCGGGGAGCAGGCACUGGUGUUAGCCGGGGUGCAGGCACUGGUACCAGCCGGGGUGCAGGUAUUGGUACCAGCCGGGGUGCAGGUACUGGAGUGGAAUCCAGCAUUGUGUCAGGUGCUGGAGUGUGAUCCAGCACAGAGUCCGGUGCUGGAGUGGAAUCCAGCAAAAAGUCAGGUGCUGGAGUGGGAUCCAGACCUGGACUAGGACUCUGACUAAGACUAGGACUAAGACUAAGACUUGGACUAAGACUGUGACUAAGACUGUGACUAAGACUGUGACUAAGACUAUUACUAAGACUCAGACUAAGACUGUGACUAGGACUGUGACUCGGAGUCAGACUAGGAGUUAAACUGGCACUGUGACUAGGACUAGGACCAGGACUCGGACUGUGACGUGGGCCAGGACUCGGGCUAGGACUCGGGCUAGGACUCGGGCUAGGACUCGGGCUAGGACUUGGGCUUGGACUAGGGCUAGCUACAGGUGCUGCUAGCCGUGGUGCCAGUGGAGGCGGCCUAGGAGGUGGUAGAGGUUUAGCAGGCCGAAAUAUCGGUGGAAGAGGAAGCGCAGGAGGUUGCGGUCUGGCGGGACGAAAGACAGGUGGAGGAGGUUUUGUUGGAGGUUGAGGCUUGGCUGAGCGCAGCUGUGCUACAUCCGUAGCACCGCUACCAGCACUAGCCCCCCCCUCAAAAAGCGGAUGCCAGGCACGCUCCCCGCAGUCUGAAACUACCUCUAGGGGUGGGUGGAGGCAGGUACAGAAAGAGGUAGACAGGGUGGGAACAAAAUUAACUGGGGGCGGGGCCAAAGUCACAGGUGGUGGGGUUUCAGAAAACAAAGACUUAUAUUGGAACUGAAAACAAAUGUCUUUAAGAAGCGUGAUGGCUUCAUUUAAGUCCACUGUGGACGACUGAGGGAGUGCAUGUUUUAAAAAAAAAUUCCUCAUCUCCACUCUCCUCGGGAGACGUCGGAGGAGUGACGUCACGACUGGAGUACCCGUGACUAACAGGCCAGUCGGAGGAGUGAAAAGAGGGACCAAAAAAAAGCAUUACCAGAUGUGUAGGGUGAGUUCUGGACGGGUUGGAGGUGGCUGUGUACUGGAGAGAGUGAUGGCGGGGUUAGCGUGUCUUGAUCACGAGGCAAAGCCUUCCUCUGCAACUUCCGCCCUCGCUGACGAGUGCGCGCAGGGCGAGAGGGUACAUUGUCGUGCCAAGAGGAGUCGAGUGGAGCUUGGAGACGUCCAGGCUCCCAGAUCAUCUCUGGCGUGUAGCGAAAUGUCCCUGCUUCCACUGCUUGGGCUAUCCUCCCCGUAAGCACAUCAAAGUCCUCUAUCUUUGAUGCGAAAGAACGUCCGUUUGCUCGGAUUCUCCUGUGAUGCUUGGUGGGCAUCGCGGUGCGUGUUUGCGUUCUCUCGUGGAUGCAAGCGGAAUGGAACACAGCGUGAAGGUAAGAAUGAUGAUUUAUUUAACUAUAAAAACGAGCUAAGAACCAAAACACUUGCACGAAGGCACUUCAAACAAAACCAACAGAAAGCGCUAGCAUGAGUUAGGGACAAACAACAGAAUAGCGUGGAAGCUAAAGUACACAAAAGUAAUUACCACAAUGCGAGAAGAGCGACGUCACCUGUUGCAUGGAAGCAAAUGAGAAUCCGAGACCGAAUGGCAAACAAAGGCAGGCUUAAAUAAGGAGAUAAUCACAGAGCAGGUGCAUGACAAAAACAAACGGCAGGUGACACAAAUACGUAACUAUGGCAACGGAAACAAAACAGGAAGUGCCACCAGGAACUAAGGAAGUCGAAUACUAAACAGAUGUGAUACAAAAUAGAACAAAAACCAGAAUAUGCCAUGAUCCGAGUGGCGGAUCAUGACAGGCGGCAAUUCAAGGAAAUACGGUAAUAAUCAUGGUUACAUAUCAUUUGACAGUGUUGUAAACUGUAAGAAGGUUGGUUAUAAUUCCAUCUAUCCAUCCAUUUUUUACCACUUGUCCCUUUUGGGGUCGCGGGGGUGCGGGAGCCUAUCCCAGCUGCACUUGUAAUUUUAUAUAAAUCAAAUUCAAGGGUAAGAUGACUAAUUCAAUGUUAAUAUUUGAGUGUGUCCAGGCACCAGCUGUGUAGUGUAAAAGUUGGGCCUCGUGGACAAAAAGAUUAAGAACCCCUUCCCUGCACUAAUGAACAUUAAUAAAAAACACCAAGAGUUGUAGCAAAUAUUAUGUUCCCCUUUGUAAAUAAUAUAAUAAUGUCUACAGAAAAAAUACCAUGAUAUCUAAUCCACAACUGAAUUUUAUUUAUGUAAACACAUUUGAAGCAUACGUUCUUCUGGAGUGAACUAUUUGACUGUUUUUUUCAUGCUGCUGGCAUAAUUGUGAUAUGUUGGGCGACGUGACUCUACAAGACCCAGGGUCUUCCAAACCUUUCCCGCACGUUUGUAUUGCUGUACAAUAAACAUUAUUUUUUU